GCUCCAGUGGUGGGGGAUGAAAUGCAUCCUGGGGUCAGAGCUUUGUGGCAUCCCUAACUCAUCCCACAAAGUACCAGAAAUUGGCCUACAAAGGUCCUAGCAAAGAGAGUCCUCUGGACACUGUGUAAUGGUUGAUUGGGCUCACUCUGUAUAUCACUGUGGAUUUCCAUACCCAAGUGAUCGAGAGAGAGUGGGACGUCAGGAUCUGGAGCUGACAACAGGUUACCGGCCUUCUCCCUCUUCUCUGAAGUGGCUUAAUUGAACACAUCUGAGUGUAGCAUCAGGUAUAAAAACACUGCAGGCUCCCCCAGCCCCUCCCAGCUUCCUGUUGCCCGAGGAGCUCUCGACCCAGCAUCCAGCAUCAUGAAGGCCUGUGUGGGUUUGGGAGGAUGGCUGCUCCUACUUGCUUCUUUGAUUUGGACGUGUUCUGGGCAAGAGCCAGUGUUGGUGGAAUGCAGCCGUUUGAAUUUUCUCGUUGUAGUUAAAAGAGCACUGUUUUACAGAGAUGAAUUGGUAGGCCCUGAUGAGUUAUUUCUGGGGACUGGCUGUCAGGCAAUUCGAGUGUGCCCGGACAAACUUGAAUUUGACUAUCCUGUUAGUCUGUGCGGAAUUACGACGCAGGUCUUCUGUGAUGGAGCCGUCUUCCAUUCCUGGCUCACCUAUGUACCAAAGAAUCAAUCCAUUUCUGCUAAACUUCACCUGGAGUGUACAGUUCCCAGCUCCUGUGUCUCACCUGAUGAGUCCUAUAACAACACUGAAGUGAGCAAUGGCUUCCUCCUAUCCUCACCUGUUCAACACUGGUUCUUGAUACAGUACAGAUACUGCAUGAGAUGUGGCUAUACCCACUGGAGAGAACACUGGUCCACACCUUUUUAUGGACCACACAAUUAUUCACUUCAAGAGCAUUUCUUCCAUCCUUUCACCGAUGACUUUUAGAAGCUUUUGCCCUUGGACAUUCAGCAGCAACACGGAAGUAACCCA